UAAAACCAGAGCUUUUUACCAACAGAUUUCAACCAUAUUAUCUGAGGAAGAUAGGAUUUAUGUAGCAUAACAAAAAUACGAACUCGUAUCUAAAAAAGGUUGUGCAUCUGAAGGAAUAAUUCUGCAUGAUUAGCUUUCUUAGUUUCUCUAAACCUGAUUUAUCUGGUCAUGCAGCUGUUGUUAAGUAAAAAAUGUAAAAACUACGGUAGCAAAAAUGCUAAACGGACUCAAACAGGACACUUGCGAUGAAAGAUAAAGCUAUGAAGAGGAAAAACACUGCAAUGCGUCGAGAAAAACAUAACGACCACUAAAAGAGUGAGUUUACUGAGUGUCAAGAGCUGUCUCAGUGCUACUAAAUUGCACCUGCUGUCAGUUGCUAUUGUGAAAAAUUCCAGUUCUAGGCUCAGAGUCAGCAGAUGGCUAGUUCUCCAAGUCAAUAGCAAUUUAUAAUAUUUGCUUUUAAUACAAAACAGAUUUUUAGCUCUUAGGCAAAUUUAGAUCUUUGUUUUCCUUGGUUUCACCAGUAGCUUAUUGCUACAACAGGUCUAUAAAAUUGUCAAGCUAUAAAUGUAUGCGUGAUGGGUGGGAAGCUCGAACCAGAAAUGCAAACAUUGUAUUAAACGUCACUUGACUGAAUUUCUUGUGGACCGUUGAGAUGAUGCACUAUAUCGAAGUAUUACCUGAUGCACGAGAAACUCAUUGGCCUUUUUCAGCUGCACCUGUGAUUAAAGUAGAUUGACUAAUGCAGAUGUUAUACUCAACCUUUUAAUCUGCGCUGCUCAGUGGAUCAUCUCAGUAAGACCUGGGAGACAAACUCUAUGCUGCAACAAGACAGUAAUAAGAUGGGCUUAUCUUCGAGCGAAACAAACUGCACGCAUCUCUCUUUAAAUAUCGCAAGAGGCGGUCACGUUCAUACCAAUGUUGUUAUAUUGAUCGUUCUCGAUGUAUUUGUGACAAUCGCGACGAUAAUAGCAAAUGGACUUUUCUUAGUUAUCCUCUGCAAGUCACGGCGAUUACAUGUACCUUCGAACAUCCUUGUUGGUGCUCUUUGCUGGUCCGAUCUUAUUGUUGGAAUGGUUGCUCAAAUGUUUUACCUGAUGAUAUUAUUUUUGAUCGAAGGAGAUGAGAUAGUGUCUGAUGUACUGUUGAAUUCUUUUCAUAUUUUGUUCACUCUCUGCAGUGGCUCAUCGUGUUUGAUUGUGGCAGUUAUAAGUCUGGAUCGCUAUACGGCAGUGUCUCACCCUUACAAAUACAGAAGAUAUGCAACUUGCAAGACCCAUGUUUUUAUUGUCACAAUUUUGUGCUUAAUUUGGCUUAUAUUUACUUUGUCACACAUUUCAAAUUCGUCAGCGUUUCAAAAUUUUCAAUAUACAUUGUUCGCACUCAUUUUCAUUGUUAUUCUGACCGUAAUUUUUACAUACUUAAGCAUUUACCUUAUAAUCAGAAAGCACAGAAGAACGGUUCCCAUGCUGGGAAGGAUCGAUGGCAACGAAAGAAGAGAGCUGUUUCAUGUACGAAGAGAAAAGGAAAGAUCCUAUGCUAUGUUGCCGAUUAUCGGAAUCUUUCUUUUGCUACACUUGCCAUACCUGGCUUUCUCACUCUACUUCAUCGUUUGGCCAGAAACUGUUUGUAGCGAUUCGUUGCUUUUGAUGUAUCUCUGGGAUGAAUUUUUCUUGCUUUUAAGCAGCCUAACAAAUCCUUUGGUGUACUGCUUGCAGAGAAGCGAGUUCAGGAUAUCAGCUCUACGUAUUUUUUCUGGAUCGAAUUGAAAAGGAAGACAUCUGCAGCAAAGUAGCUUUCUUUGAUUUUCUUUGUCAAUCGAAUGUCUAGCUUUGAUAAAAGGAUUGGAAAAGGUUUUUAAUUAUCAGUAACGCUACUUACUCAUGUCUUAGUUUUUAAAGUAAUCCUGCUAAAGCAAUUUUGCCACAUCGAAGUAUUUUUAUCAAGCAUUUUACAUUGACGACUUUGUUGUCUUAUGCUUAAAUAUACUCAGGAUAUACACUUAGUGAACAAAAGAAUUGCACAAGUUUGACCAUUGCGACCGCGUUGUCAACAACAACAAAGUUUUAACUUUUUAUUGGUCAGUCUCCCAGCUUUGAAACCCUUGUGAGACUUAAACUUUUUUGAAAAGCUUAGUAACAAGUUCUGUCAAUCACGAUAUGAUAAGUUCAGAAAAACAUUUGCAAGAUAGCAUUUAGGUUUUGAAGUACCAAGUUGAUCAUAAAUGGCCUUCUAUUUGGUGGAAAGUGGCAUAUUUUAAGCCAUUUUAUUUUGUCCAUUCAUUUACAGCUAUUGAGGCACUCGAGUGAACCUGUUUAUCGCGGGAAUUUCGGUAUUUUAAUUUAACGAGAGGACGAAAUGCUGUUUUACGGAAUUUUCAGCAUUAUUUGUUCCCUUUACAAAAUCACAAUCGGUUGGAAAAGAUGGACAUUACGAUUUGUGCCACACUUUACUGAUUGAAUUUUGCUGCAACAUAUCACGAAGCGGGUGCUGCAAUUAGGCCCCUUUGUGGCUUCAAAAAUUCCCGACCAAAACAUUUAGCAGAUUCUCCAACCAAAGUGAGGAAAAUGAGCAGUUCUAGACACCCAAGCAUAAAGUAAGUACCCCCGAGUUCAUUGUAAUAAGAUAUCGCAAACUGGAGCAAAAAUGAACUUUUUUAUUGCAAAUGUUUCACCGGUACUUCAAUCAUCAUGGUGUUGUUGCGACAUGUCGAUAUUGUUUAGAAAUAGGCGAAAAUCAAGAGUCAUCUUUCAUUUACUAUUUUCACCAUCAAACCUUGAUAAAUUUUCCAACAAACUCCAGUUGAAAAGUCAUCUUAUAACUUUUAUGAAACUUGAACUUUGGUUCGCUAAAAAUUUUUGCUGCGAUGCGGCCAUUUCUGUUUCAGCCUGUGCAAUACUUUUGCUCACUAAGUGUUUAUUUAACUAAACCGAUUCAAUAAUAUGGAAAGACCAAGAAAGUUUGCAAUAUUCACCAAAAAUGACACUUUCCAAAUUGUUUAUAGGGUCUUGCUACUUCUUUACAUUGUGAAUCAAAAUAAAUGGCAACGUUUAGUAAAGGAAGCUGAACUGUUUCGCCGUUUUAUCCCAAUAAUUUCUAAAAGAAUUGAAACAAUAUUCAGCCAAUUUUCGGCAAAUAUUUACAAAUGGGCUUUGCAGGUUUUGAAGAGUGUCACGCGAUGCUAAUUGGUUCAUAUUGCCCAGCCUCUCAGUGACAUAAUAUUGCGUGUUGGUUUUUAUGUGCAGUGAACCGAUAUGAGGUUAUAUUCUAGUUAGGAAUUUGAGCGCAGCAAGCCUGGUACCGCCAGCUAGAAUUCAAAACCCUUGUUUUACGCAAUGAAAAGGAAAACCUAGAAUAUACUUACAUAAAGUACUUAAAGGAAAGUAACAAGUGAGAAAGAAAUUUAGUAUGAAUAUACCAAACUAUUAUCAAUAUUUUGCUUGGAGGUGUCUGCUAAAGGAGUCAGCCACUCUAUUUGGUCAACAAUCUUACUUUGCUGAAAAUAACUUCCCUCUUUGUCAGUAUGAAUAUCAGAGAACAGGAAAUGAAUAAGCGUCUCAUGUUGAAAAUGGUUUUUAGUGAUCCUUUGACGGUUUAAAAUGGUUGCCUGGGUCAUGGUCAAACCAAAUUUUUAAUGAUUUUCUAUUGUUAGAGCAAUCGGUUAUUGUAGUGCUCUUUAGAUAAACAAACGUUUGCCGCCGCAGCUAAUUUCCCUUGGCAAAGGCUAUGAAAUUUCUCGCGAGCGACAAUACAACUUCAAAGGCGAAUGAAGGGAAAUAAGUUGCGCGUGUAAACAUUCUACACCACCGGUUUGAUGCGUCUGUAGCUGUGUUAACACCGAUAAGAUGACUGUUGUUUUUGUGUUUGGAGGAAAGAAAGUUACGAUAAUGAGUUUUGGCAAUAGAUUAUCUUUUAAGGCUAAUAUGAUUGGUUAGUUAUAUCAUUUUUAUUUUAUGAAACAAUCAGCUCUGUUUUCUAGCCAAUAAAGAAAACUAGCAAGUUAAUAAAUAACUUUACUUUAUGGAUGCUGCAAAUUUAUUCAAAACAAUUGCAGUUCAAAAGACGCCAUGGAAUUUCACGCGUCAUAUCAUCAAAUUUGCACCGAGGAAAGAAGAACGCCUCACUUAUAGAAGCUCUAAAGUCUUUUAAAAAGGGUCCCAGGAACCGCACCACAAAGUAGUAGUGCUGGGUUCUGGCAAAUUUUGUGUCAUCCUGCAGUAAAUAAAUAACUCGAUGUGUCAUCCUGCAAAAUGGUUGUGAAUAACUAUGCAUAAACCAUUUAAAUACUUCAUGUCAGAACUGUAAAAUAGUCAUUGUCAUAGACUAUAGUUAUGAAAGAUGUUAAAACUUUCAAAAAUUUGCCAACAUUUUAUCGAAACUGCGUUUUCAACUACUAUCCGUACCAAUCUGCUAUGAAAUUAUUGACAUUCAUUGACUUCUUUUUCUAAUUCAAGGCUGGCUAGUUUUUAAGUUGCUAGCUAGGACAAAAUUAUAACUUCCUGCCUUUUCCAUCCAGCCAUAGAGGACAGCUGUAACAUCCAAAUGCAAUAUAACACUUAUUGAUUCUAAUAUCAAAGCUUCUGAACGUGAUAUUGCCUUUGCAAUUAGGAGUAAAGUCUAGAACGUGCUCCAUUCCCAUGGCCUUUGCAAUUAGGAGUAAAGUCUAGUAUCGGUAACAGUCUGCUUUUACAAACAAUCUUUUCAUGAGAAAGGUAUUUAAAAUUUCCAUUACUGGAUGACACCCAGGGGCGGACUGGCUGGUCGGGCUAUUCGGGCGAUCGAACAUGGUUAGCAGAACAUGGUUAAUGGCUUUGAAAAAAGCAAACAUUUUACGACAUACUAAAAGCUUUUUCGUCUGACACUCCUCAGAGCAUAAAACGUCAGAAUAGGUUCCGAAAAAACACGAUGGAAAAAUAUAUACCCAGUUGUGGAUCGAAAUAGGCCAAACAGAAAAACGCAAGCACAAGACUGGUAUAGUUAACCAAUCAGUGCCGCGAGCCUAAAGAAAAAUUACCAAUGGAGUCCGAGAGAGAAAACGAACUCCUUUUGUCUACACAAUGGCGGCUUUUUCGUUAACCAUGUUCUGUUAACCAUGUUCUGUUAACCAUGUUCUGUUAACCAUGUUCUGUUAACCAUGUUCUAUUAACCAUGUUCUGUUAACCAUGUUCUGUUAACCAUGUUCUAUUAACCAUGUUCUGUUAACCAUGUUCUGUUAACCAUUCAUCCAUGCACAAAAUUACUGAAUUUGAAAACUUGUUUUCCGUACAGACCAAUAUUUACUAGCAUUUUCCGAGGAACUUUUUAUUUGCUAUUAUUAUGGGCCGGUUUGAUCAAAAUGUGCCCGGGCCGAAAAAAAUUGCCAGUCCGCCUCUGAUGACACCUAUGCCAUUAUCAAAACAGAGACUGGGUGUGAUAUUGUUCUAAAACACCUUAAUGGUCUUUAUCCAGCCCUACUGUUUACUUCUGAAAAGGAAGAUAACAAUUCCAUGUCAUUUUCAGAAGUUUUGGUUGAAAUGUGUCUGGAACUGGAUUUUUUACCAGUGUAAACCGUAAGCUUACUUUUUUAGAGUUAUACACUCAAUGGAUUUCGCUUUGACCAAAACAAAGGAAAAUCAACCUUAACGUUAACCCAAAACAAAGUAAAAUCAAUAUGUUAACUAAUGGGACACUUUUGAAUUGUUCAAAGUCUAAACUCGAUUCAAAACUUGAUCAAAUGAAAAAGAUCUUUCUGGAAAACGGCUUUUACUUACAUUAAGGCAGUGUCGUGCUGGCAGGAGGCAAGGGGGCAAUUGCCCCCCUGCCGAUCAAAUAUCAGGGGCGCCAAAAUGAAUUUUCACUUUGUAGGGGCGCUGAAGGCCCCCUUGACAAAUAGCUAGCAAGCAAGGAAGAAUUUGAUAAAAGAACCCAACAAUACUAAAAGCGAAAAGAACAAGAAUCACCUUGCAACAUACCAUUCCUUUUUUCACUAACUUUGAUGCGCUUUACAAUGUUCACCAUCUCAAUAUCGCACGCUAAAUCUAAAUGAUUUUUGCACAAAGUAGAUGCCGGAGAGGUU